AUGGAAUACAUCUACCGAUGGAUCCUACGCGACGACACCUUUGCCGAGGAGGUGUACGUUAAGUACAACUUCACCAAACUAAGAACAAUCGGCAUUUACAAGGCCGCAUCGAAGACGCGGCUAGCCCGCUGGGCCGGAUUCUACGCGCUCGAGCUCUUCUUUCUGCUGCAGCUCGGCACCAUCGUGUGGGAUUUGGCCACCGUGCUGGGCGACAUCGGGCUGUUCGGGGACGACAUGUGCAUCCUGGCGGGGUUGCUGCUAACGCUGGCGAAAAAGUGGCACUGCGUGCUGUACAUUGACGAGCUGAGCGAGUGCAUCGAGCAGAUGCAGACGUACCACGAGCACUACCAGCGACAGGGCGAAUGGUUUGUGCGCCGCAUGAGACGCCAGAACUUGCAAGAGCGGAUGUUGCAGGAUGCAUCCAAGCUGCUCGCCACGCUGCUCGCCAGCUGUCUGAUGGUGAACGCCCUCUUUUCCAACGGCGAAACGCUUAUCCUGCGUGCCAUCUAUCCCUUCAGCACGGCCACCACGCUUGGCUACGGGUGUGUGUUCGUCUGUCAGGCCUUUCUGAUCGUCUACGUACUGUACAGCAUGGUGCUGAUCGAUUGUAUUGGCGCGCAAGCGCUCAGCCAGAUGGCGCUACUGUUCUGCAUGCAGCGCAAACAGUUCGAGCUGAUCGGAGCCGAUCUUCAGCUGCCCCCCGAGGGCGCCCUCCACGGAGACCGGUCGAUACGGGACCAGGUGUACAGUGCGAUAGCCUCACACCAGCAGCUACUGUCCUUUUGCAAUCGCUUAAAGCGUCUGUACGAACCAAACAUUAUGGCCCAGUUUGUGUGCAGCAUGCUCAUCAUCUGUCUGACCGCGUUCGAGCUGAUGUUUGCCAAGGGCGACCCGAUGCAGAUGGUGCGCUUCGGUGCGUACAUGCUGGCCGGCUUCUAUCAGGUCUUUGUGUGGAGCUUCUUCGGCAACCGUGUCACCAAUAUGUCAACAGGCAUCAGCGAUGCAACGAUCAGCUGCAACUGGAUCGUGCUGGCGGACGGGCUGAAGAAGGACCUUCGCUUCACGACCAUGCGCUCCCAGAAGCCGUUCGUCAUCGACGUGUACUGGCUGUUUCCGCUGACGUACGAAACGUUCAUCGCGAUACUUAGCCGGUCCUAUUCGAUAUUUACGCUGCUUCGUACGAUGAUUGAGUGA